GGCUGCAUCAUGACGCACCUCCUUGCAGGGCACUUGCGGAAGGAGCCGCCAGCCGAAAAGGCUUCCAUGCGCUGGCAUCACACGCGCAAUGGCACGGAGCAGAUGCCGUGGAGACUCAGCGUCUUUUUCUGUGGCAUGCACAUCCGCGACAAGGAGUUUAUGCACCUCUUUGAGACACCACUGCCGCAUCCGACGGUUCACGUUUUCGGCAAGGAGGAUGAGUUCUACGAUUACGGCCGCGACGGCUUCGGCUAUAAGCCACAGGAGGAGUACUACGUUGACCCUGUCAUCCUCACACAUGAGGAGGGGCAUCAGUUUCCCACGAAGCAGCCGCGCGCGAAGCAGAUUUAUGACCGAGUGGCUGCAGAAAUCUGGAG